GUGAUCGGGUCCUGAAUGGGAGCCCGUGCAGGGCCGUACUGGAGACCCCGCGCUACCUGCACCUCUAUCGUCUCGGGUGAGUUUGUUACAAUGUAGCAUUUUCUCCGUAAAUAGAUAUAACUACACUAAAGAUGCAAUGUUUGCAUAUUGCAAGCUGAUUGCAAACCUCAAAUCGACCAUGUCCGAAAUGCCAACUCCAGCGUGUUUCGGAAGAGGGACAGAUUUUAACAGCGAAUUCCCAAGCAUACCCCCUUGGUCCAAGAGUAUUUCCAACAUAAACUCAUAUUUAGCUAGCAAGGAUAGACAUACGCAAUUGCCUUUUGUGCAACAAAAUGGAUAGACCUGACAGUUUUUGCUGUAUGUUAUCGUUGCACGCAAAUGAUUCUUCAAUGCCGUGUCUGUAAUGUUUUCCUAUUUUUAAUUUUAUACUCAAUACGAAUAAACCUGUAAACGAAAAAUAUAGCUAGUCGCUAAGCUAUAGCUAGCUGUAGCUGUCCGGAUUUGCUGUAAAUCGUUGCCAGGUCUCUAAACCUCUAUGAGAGAGUUGAAAAAUGCAUUGUGAAUGAAAACGUAAAUAUUUCACUAACUGCCUUGAAAUGGUACUGUUGUCAAUAGGCUAUUGGGAUGCAAUCUUUUUACGUUGUGCUGUUUGCUAUUAGCAAAGUUGAGCUUCGGCAUCGCAGGAGAAAAAGCUCAUCUAUCCAUGUCUCCAUUCAUGUGUUGACUGCUCCAGAAAUCUGUGUGCGAUCAUGUUAAAUUGUUUCAAUCGUGCCAAAUGGGAUGCCUCGAUUAAAUUUAGUUCCGCGGCAUCCUGCUGUUUAGUUUUACUAUAGUUAUUGGCGCCCCCGCCUACUUCAUGACCGUAAGGUAGGCUACCAACUCGAAAUGAUUAGCCUACCUUAUAUCAUUGAUAAUUUCUACGAAUUACAAAGCUUCGGUACGCUUACGUUAAUUCCUAUCUAACUUAGGUCUCUGGAAGUGCUUGUACGUACGCUAUUGUUUGAUUCUUUGUAUGGAAAUUCGAUUUGCGUGUGAAAACCGCGCUUUUCAUCGCUGAGAAGGCAGACUAGUCCUCAAGGUUCACAACACAACAAUUUUGCCCGCGUCUGCAAUAACAAACAUUGGAACAAUUAUCCUGGCCCUGGGAAACUAAAAUCACUUUGACAUGGAUGAUGAAGACGGCAGGUGCUUGCUAGAUGUAAUUUGUGACCCUGAAGCACUUAAUGAUUUCCUCCAUGGAUCAGAAACACUGCUGGACACUGACGACCUUUUGGAUGGCUCGAGUGACCCGUCCAGCUCGUUCUUCUCCAGCGCUGGGGGCCAUGUUUCCGAAGUCCAACCCCCCACUCAGAUAUCGGCCAGUGAACCGCCCGGGCUCCCUAGAGUCAGCGUGGACCUGGAUUUCUUGGAGGAUGACAUUUUGGGAGGAUCCCCCGGAGGGACCGGCGAGGAUGGCGGAAGUAACGGUGUUGGGUCCAAUCAUGAGCCUUGUGACAUCCUUCAGCAGAGUCUUGCCGAAGCCAACAUCACUGAGCAGAGCCUUCAGGAAGCAGAGAAUGAGCUGGACCUCAGCUCCUUUGGGCUUUCAAGUCUCACACAAGUGGUCCAGCCUCUGCCUGACCCAGCUGUUGGUGUAGGGAUUGGAGUGGGAGUUGGUGGGGCAACCCAGAUUUUUCCUGGCCCUGCCUCAGGCUCCUCUACCGGACCCACCAAUGCCACACCAGACAUGCUUGGGUCAGUACUGGCCCACCCAGGUAUUCAACUUCAACAACAAGUUAUGAAUAAGGCAAUCAGUGUCCAACCUUUCAUGCCACAAGGCCUGGGAAAUGUGACACUUCAGCCCCUCUCUAGCCUUCAGGCUCUUCCCAAUGGGAAUCAGUCAAGCCAUUUAGGCAUAGGACAGAUUCAAGUAGUUGGCCAGCCCACUGUAAUGACUAUUAAUCAGUCUGGACAGCAGAUCUUGACUAAAGCCAUGGGUGGCUACCAGUUGCAUCAGCCUGGACAGGAUGGUGCAACCGCUGGAACCCAAGCUGGCCAUGGAAGCUCUGUUUUGAGUUCUGGGGGAGGACUGUUGAUUCAAGGGGGCAAGGCCAAUAUUGGGUCUUCUGCUUUGAAUGGGCCAGCUGUAGGUGUGAGUAGUACAAACACCAACACCAGUAGUAGCACGAUGACUGCACAGAGUGGGCUUGUAGGCUUUGGACCCCAGACUCCAGCUCAAACUCAAGGUCAAAUCAUGCAAAAUGUCAUCAUCCAGAGGACACCAACACCUAUACAGCCCAAACCGACACAAGGAACCAUUCAGCCUAAACUGUUCAAACAACAGCACCAACAUCCUGUCCCCCACACAUUACAAAAUGAUGCCAGCAAAGCUGUAGGAGUACAGUCUGUUCCUGUGUCAGCUGCUCAGAAUGUGACCUUUUUGACUGGCAAGCCUGGCUCGAAUGUGGUCCUGAGCACUCAGGCCACAUCACAGGGCGGGCAGUUUCAGCAAGCUCUCUUCAAGCAACAGAACCCCCAAACAUCAGGCAAACCCCUUAGUGUCCAACUCCUCAACCAGUCUGGUAGUAUUGUCAUUCCUUCGCAGGGCCUCCUCCAGGGCCAGAAUCACCAGUUCCUCUUGCCUCAGCUGCAAGCAGGGGGACAGAUCUUAACCCAACACCCAGGAGGCAUCAUUACCAGUCAAGGGCCUGGAGGCCAGAUCAUGGCCAACCAGAUUCUGACCAACCAGAACUUCAACCUUAGCCAGGUUUUGGCAUCACAGGGUCACCCAGGUGCGCACAUCCUGUCUGGUCCCAUCCAGUUGCAGUCUGGUCAGAUGGGUCAUCAAACCCUCUUCCAGAUGCCUGUAACACUGGCGCAGACUCAAACCCAAGCACACCCUAUCACUGGACAUGCCCAGACAGUCAUCCAUCCCAUCCAGAACUCUUUGGCGAUGUUGAGCCAAGUGGACGGAGUGAGCCCAACCGUCAGUUUGCAGCCCCAUCUACAGCAGCAAGGUAGUGCUGUUGCCAACAGCAACAGUGGUGGAGCUGUUGCAAUGGCUCCGUGCCAGCCAGGGGAGAGUGUGACUGUGUUGGGCAGCACCACAGACCAAGGUACCCACCCUGCACAAGCCCAAGCGCAGCCCUCGAUCCUCACCGUGCAGACUGCUUUACCAGUCUCAGCGUCCUGCUCUGUUCCCUCCUCAUCUCCGUCCUGUACUGUGGUUACAUCUUCAGCACCCAUAGCUACUGUUUCGCUGACGGCUUCAUCGGCACAGCACAGCCCAGGAAAGGUGCUGCUCACACAGCAGGGUUCCAGCAUGAUCCUCAGCCAGGAGUCUCUCAACAUGUUCCUGCAACAGGACCAACAGCACCAGACAGACAAAGAGCCGCCUCUCCCCUCUGUGGGCGUACCUGCAUCUGUUAUCGUCAGCGGCAACUUUGCUGGUCUCACUCCCUCGGGCCAAGAUGGCCCGUUAGCUGAGCCCCUCCCGGGUCAGAGUCCCAGCCCGUCCCCGGGCCCCACCCACAUGGCAGCAGUGGUUUCAAAGGUCAACGCAGGACAACAGCAGCCACUGAAGAUCCAGACUGCGUCCCCCACCCAGCCUGUACUUGCUGCCAGUGCAGUUGCCCCUUCUAUGGCUGAUAGCCCCCAACGAUCACAGCCCUCUCCCCUCUCCAUCAGCCAGCAUAUCCAUUCUCCUCUCCCCCAGCAGUCUCAGCCUGCUCCCCAAGUUCAGACACAAACACCCACCCGUUCCUGCACCCCUUCAAAUGUACCCCAAAUGUUCAUUAUCCAUAAUCAGAUUGGAGGCUCCCCUCAUCACUCACAGCCCAUUCCUCAGAUGCUGCAGCAGCAGCAGCAGCAGCAGCAGCAGCCUCACCCUCACCAGAUACAGACACAGAUCCAAGUGCCACUACAGGUACAGACUUCUCGGCCUCCGUCCCAGCCCGCCCCAAUCCAGCCGGAGGUUCCGCCGCCUUCUUGUUCCCCCAAGCCCCAACAGGUCCACCCAGCACAGUUCCACUUUGCUCAGCAAGGGGUCACCACCGCUGCUCCUGCUGGGAUGGUUAAGCAGCAGAUCCAGAUUCCCCAGCUGCUGGGCCUGACGCCUGAACAGCAGCACAACGUGCAGUUGAUUAACUCACAGCUUCAAACGCUCUCAUCCAUCUCACAGCCUUCCCCUCAACAGAAGCAGCUUAUGGAGAAACUGCAGCAGGUCCAGCAGAGCCUCAUCCUUCAAGCCAAACAGCAGCAGCAGCAGCAGCAGCAGCAGCAGCAGCAGCAGCAACAGCAGCAGCAGCAACAGCAGCAGCAGCAGCAGACACAGGCUGCUCAGGCUCCAGUGCCUGGCCAGUUCACCAAACUGCCAGAACCACCGGCCACUCAGGUUGUUACAUCAUCUGCCAUCACCUGCCCGCCUGUCACGGUUCCAUCCUUGAUGCAGCAGAAGUCUGUGCUGGUGAAGUCUUCAGCUACAGCCUUGAGUGAUGCACAGGUAUAUUCUGGGGCAGUUGGAGCUGCCGUUAACCAGGCAAUCACGUCACAGAGCCUUACCCAACCAGUACAGGCUCAGCAGGGAGUCAUCAGUGCUAUGGGAGGGAUUCCUGUGGGGAAAGGAACACUGCAGAUUCAGGUGCUUAACCCUGCUCUGUCCCAGAUGCCUGUACCCCAACCUGCUGGUCCUGUCCUAACCCAGCAAACGUCAACUCUGAAAAUGCCUUUUAUCAUGGAACCCAGCAAGGAAGCCAGGAUGCUGGAGCAGUUGAGGAAGCAACAGGGGUCAGCGCUGCAUCCAGACUACAGCAAUCCAUUCCGCUCCUUUGAGGACAGCUUGCACAGACUCCUACCCUAUCAUCUCUACCAGGGCACGACCUCCUCUCAGCAUGACUAUCAGAAAGUGGACGGUGAGUUUGAAAGUGUCUCCUGCCAGCUUCUGAAGAGGACGCAGACCAUGCUGGAUAAAUAUCGUCACCUGUUGUUUGAGGAAUCCAAGGUAAGAUUGGGUCCCUCUGCAGAGAUGGUCAUGAUUGAUCGCAUGUUCAUUCAGGAGGAGAAGCUGGCUUUGAACCAGGACAGGAUAUUAGCAAAAGAGAGACCAGAGGAGUAUGUGGCCAACUCCUGCUUGAUGGACAGUGUCACCGUCAGUGCACAAAGGUCGGUGGCAGUUGAAGCCAGUUCAGUCAGACCAGCCCCACCAGCCGUGGGCCCUGUGCCCCCCAUCCUCAUCCCCACCCCGACUCCCACCCCCACUCCAACCCCCAGUCUGUCCUCUGCUCCAGCACCCCCUUCCAUACCCUACCCCCCGACCAAGCUGGUGAUAAAGCAUGGUGGAGGUGGGGCGUCGGUAUCCUGGUCAUCCAGCUGUAGUGCCGCUCCUGCCCCGGCGCUUCGGGUGGCCGCCGACUCGUCAGCCCCGCCUUCCUCCUUUAGUCGCACUCCGUCCGCCUCCUCCCGCCCCUCCCGCCCCACCCACGACGACGACGACGCUCUCCCCCAGCGGACUAGCAAACCCCCAAUGAAAACCUACGAGGCCCGGCAGCGAAUCGGCCUGAAGCUCAAGAUCAAGCAGGAGGCCGGCCUGACCAAGGUGGUGCACAACACUGCGCUGGACCCGGUCCACUCGCAGCCUCAGCACCACUCGCAACCGCCCACCCCUGAGAUUCAGCCGCAGUCGCAGUCGCAGCCGCAGCCGCAGCCGCCGCCGCCACAGCAGCAGCAGCAGCAGCAGCCGCCGAAAACUCAGGCUGCAUUUCCCCCCACCACUACGUCUGUCAUCAGGACUCCUGCCCCACCUCCCUCAACCUGCACCUCUUCAGCCACCUCCAGCAAUAGCACAGUCACCACGCAUUCAGGCCUCAGCCAGCGUGACGCGCCCCCUUCCUACCCCUGGUCUUCCUCAUCUUCGACAUCCUGUUCCAGCUCGCAGAUGAACGGCACGCUUGAGCACCACGAGGUGUCCGGUGUGAAGUGCAACCCCACAGCCACGUCUACUCCCUGUCGGUUACCGCUGCGGAAGACCUACCGCGAAAAUGUGAGCCCACGCAUCAGGCCGGGUGUUCCAGGGGGCGGCUGUGAGAUCGUCCCCAGUCCACAACCGGUCACGCUAAAUCCAGCCUUCCCCCUGUCUCCGUCCCCUCCCCCUCCCCCCUCGCAGUUGCGGGCCUCGCCUCAGCCCGAGCGCACGGUGAUCGCCAGCGUGAAGCUGGAGCAUCAGGGCGGCCGGGCCCAGGAGCGAAGCCGCGGUGAGGCCGGAGGCCAGGGAGUCUCCCAGGCGCUUCGCUCGCCCCCGGGCUUGGCCGAGAUGGAGGACGUGUUGUACCGCGGAAUCAAAAACGCCUACCACCGGCAUCACCGGCACCGCCUUCCCGAGCAAGUGGACGGGGAGGAGGAGCAGGUGGCGGCGGAGCGGGACGGCGAGGGGACCGUUCGGUCCAAACGGUUCGGCGGCAAAAACCGAGAGCGGCCCAGCGGAGCGUUUCGAAUGGACCAGCACGCGCCCGGCCCUCCCUCCCCCUCCGACAGCUCGUCCUUCACCAGAGACUCUUCACUUCCUGCCAAACGCUGCAAGUCGGACUCCCCAGACAUGGACAACGCCAGUUUCUCCAGCGGGAGCCCCCCGCCAGACGACUCUCUGAACGAGCACCUGCAGUGUGCCAUAGACAGCAUACUGAACCUGCAGCAGGGCCCCGCCGGCCACGCGAGCAGCAGGGGCAGCUCAGGCAGGCCCCCCGGGGCACACUUGCUUCACCACCCGCACCACACCCAACGCACUGUCACCUCGUCCUCUUCGUCUCACAGACCCUCCUCUUCCUCCGCGUCCUCGUCCUCCUCUGCGACCCAGCAGGUCGGAGGCCGAGGUCAAAACGGAAGCCUGGUGACUCAGACACACAACAGAUAACAGCACCCCACCCACCCUACAGGCGGGGUAGACUGAAUUAUAAAAAUAAACUGUUUUGAUAUUUUGAUGUUUUUUUAAGUAAGGGAAAAGAAGGGGCAAGCAUCAGUUCAGCUGUUUUUGAAAAAAAAGUUGAAAUGGAAAAAGAAUUACACUUUUUAGUGUACAAGUGUCCACGUAAGUGUACUUCAGAGAGAGAGUAAGAAGUCCACGCUCAAUAAUGGAAUCAAGAAACUAUACCCUUUUUUUUAUGACGGGUUGCAGUAAGGGGGGCUUUUAGGCCUGUUUGUAAAGCAGCUCCCACCGUUUACAGCACAAUUCAGCACAGCGAGUCUCUUCCACAAAAGAAUAGUUUUGACAGUAUCAGAGGGGUGUACAGAUUGACCCUAACCAGUGUGUCCCAGUUUCCAGCCUAAUUCUCACCAUUGUACUGUGGGUUCAUCAGUGUCGUUUAACAUAAUCACUCUUUAUUUUGAAUGGAUGAAUGUAAUGUAAAUCAAUGAAUUUUUUUUUUUUUUUGUGUGUCUACAUGGACAUGCCAUCUCUCUCAGUCCAGAGAUGAGGUGCUGACGAUCACAUGAAAGGUUGAUGGCCUGGUCCCGUCUCUAGAUCAUUUAAUGAAUUUCGCCACUGCUCGGAUUUCCAUCCUCUUUGGGAAUGUUGUGUCGUGUAAGAGCAUUUUCAGCUGUGAUCAACAGUGAGAAUAUAUUCUGAAUCGAAAUCAUUAUUUGCUCCGAGUUUCAAUCAGCUCUUCUACUCAAUGAGAUUUUCACUUGCAACAGUCCACCAUUAUUUAGUAAAUACACUUUAACUUGAAACCAUUCCAAAUUCAACCACUCAAAAGUAGACGGUGCUCACAGUGAUGAGGGGGGUUGCUCUCAUAUUUAGUUGCUGAAAAGAGGCGUUAGACUUCUAAAUUGAAUCAUGUAUCAUGCCACUUCAUCCAGGUCAGACGAUAUGAGUGAGGAACACUGCAUUGGUUUCCCAAGGAAGAACUUCAAUACAAACUGUCUCACUAAUUAGUUACUUUUUUUAGGGAUCUUAAGUUUUGCUGUGAGCACUGAAAAGGCCAUUUCUGAUAGCCCCGAGGUUGCCCCUUACAAAGAAAUAUUUCUGUGUCUGUUUCCAGAUGGUUGACGUUCAAACAGUUUAUAAACAUGGCAGAAGCAAUGACUUGGGAAGAAGAAGAACAAUAAUAAUGUAAAAAAAAUUAAAAUGUAAGAAUUUGAAGUAUAGUACUACAGAUUAAUUUUGUAUUGUAUUUAUUGUGUAUAAUGAUGCUUUUUUUUAAGAAAAGGAACUGUACAUUUAGUAAAACUGUAAAUUAAACCUGGCUUUUAUGAAAGAUAAA